CUUCCGCAUCUGCGCGUUUCAGUCCGAGAGCGGUAUCUGGGCGCCGUCCACCAUCGGCCCCGGGGCGCCCGCCAUGAGGGUCUCGCCGCCCUCCCCCAACGAGCCCCGGGGACCGGCGCGCCGCACGCCGAGGACGCCGUGCCCCUCGGUGGUCGCGUCCCGCCCCGCGUCGCAGGCGGCGUGUCGCGUGCCGCCGCCCCCGGCCAACAGCCGGGCGGGCAGCCGCUCCACGACGGCCAUGUCCCUGGCCAGGCCGUCCAGCCACCCCGCGAGCCCCAGUCCCGGCAGCCACCGCGGGAAGCUCCAGACGGCGGCCAGCGUUGGCGGGGAGGUCAUGAUGAGCCCGGAGCCGCCGCCGCUCGCCGCGUCGUCCCCGCUGCCGGGCGCGGAGACGGCGCCCGACGUGGUGGUCACCUGCGCCGACGACUCGCGGACGACCGAGGACGAGGUGGUACGCCGUAGGGGCAAGAAACGGCGUGGUAAGAAGUCCGGCAAAGACGCUCUCCGGGAGCCAGAGAAGGAAAUCCACGGCUUCCCCGAGCCAGGAGAGACCCAGGUCUCCGCCAUCGGCGACGAGAGCCACAACCCCUCGACGCGGCCCUCGCUGACGGGGACGGGCCUCCUCGCGUCCGGGGGCAGCUUCGGGGCGGCGUACGGUCCCGGCAUGGCGGCGGCGAGGGCGGCGGCGGAGGAGGCUGCCCGCCUCCGCUCAGUAGCGAGCUCCUUCCUGGACGCCGAGAGCCUGACGCACCUGCAGCGCGACCUCGACUUGGAGACGGUCGAGUGCGAGUUCGACGCGAAGCGUCGGCUGGCCCUAGAGGAGGCGUUCCGACUCCUGCCGAAGCACGCCAAACGCCGCGUCCGAGACCGCGUCCGGGACGGCGCGGGUGUCGACGCUCCGCCGGCGAACCCCGCCGCCGACGGCGAGUCCCAACCCGGCUCCGGCGGCCUUCUCGGCAUCCCGCGCGUGUUUUCGCUGCGCAGCGCGCGCUUCGAGCUGCCCCUGAACAGCGCCGCGCUCAACUCGCUGACCCCCUUGGAGUACGUGACGCGGCACGUGGACGUCUGCGGCAGCAGCGCGCAGCUGUACCGGCGCGUGUUCAACCUGCACCGAGAGGGCGCGCACCUCGGGCCGGACGCUCAGCAGCAGCAGCAGGAGCAGUCGACAGCGGAAGUCAUGGCCGACCUCGAUGAGGAGCCGCGAUACCUGCUAGGGGAACGGGUGAUCACCGCCCUGGGCGACGUCCUUGGCCGGCCGCUGUCGGCCGAAGAGGCUGACGGACUGCGCGACCGUCUCGGGUGGCUGGACGCGGAGUGCCUGAGCUUCCGGACCUGGUGCGGCGUGAGCGCGCUGGCCGAGCGGCUGUACGCGCGCACGCACGCCGCCCCCGGCGUCGAGCCGCCCGCCAGGCCCGAGCUGGAGCAAGCCGACCUCGCCGGCCUGCAGCGCCGCCUCGCCCGCCUCAACCCCGACCCCAGGCUCGUCACCAUCCUGACCGAAAUGUCCCACCUCUGAGGGGAAAGUCGCCGGGCCUGUCCGUUGUUGCGUUCGUCGCGGGGACCAGGGAAGUCCAGGAUGCAUUUGGUGGUGGCUUUUCCACCUUGCCUUGCACUCGACGUAGGAAGUAGGGUGCAAUUUUGUGCUGUGAUCCGAUUUACACUUUUAACUUAAAAACUCUACUUGUUA